AACUUAUGUUUUCAUUGUCACAUUUUUUCGGAAUAAAACUUCGAUAUUUCAAAGCAAUAAAAUGAAAACUAAAGGAGAUGUUUCAACCGGAAAUGAAGUUCCUAAUUGUACGUACUCCCGCCUUAAAGCAGAAAAGCAGACAAAGGAGAAGGCUGAUAAUCUCCUACCUGAAAGCAAUGGAUCUGCAGAAACACAGAAACUGGUUGACAAUUUCGUUCAAGAGGUUAUACAGAAAGCAAGAACCGAAUAUUUACGACAAUGUGAUAAUUGUAAUGACGUAAAAGACACUAUGUCACGUGAUUCGAAAAGUGGAAAACGCCGACCAGAAAAAGAAAACGGUACUGUUGGUCCGGAAAAAGCAUCGAAAAAAUCCGGCAAAGACAAGCCAAAACAUCGUCACCAUUACAAAUACUCUGAUCCCGUGGAUGAAAAAGAAAUAUCUGAAUAUGAGCAACAGGAUAAAGAUUCUCUACUCCAAUGGAACCCAAAUUUCGGAGCCGUAUCCACAGAUGCCAGAAAGAACUCGACUACCGGAAGCGGAUUUCACAACAGAGUGGUAGCAGCGUUUCGUCGACUCCUUGGCUGCUGUUUUGGAAAAACUUAGCAUAGUGUUUUAAAAGUGUAUCAAAUCAUGUUGUACAAAUGAAAUCCCUAUUUUUAGAUAUAUAUUUUAUAUAAGGAGCUAACCCUUAUACCUUUACCCUGUGGUUGUAUUGAUGUAUGUAUAUCUGACUGCUGACAUGUGUUUGUAUCAACUAAUUGGUUAAUGUUAUUUUUUCUGAUCAUGUUGUGAAAGGUUGCAUCAUUUAUGCAUAUAUAUUCAAGUCGUGUUCGUAUUUGUGAGUAGAGUAAAACCUAAAGAAUACCUUCAAAACAUUAAAUUCAUUAGCUAAAAUCAUUUUUAAUUAAUUUUGAGAAAAUAUAAUUUCAUCUUUUAGAGUUACGGUUAAUAACGCGAUCAGUAAAGCAAUUGCAAUUUUGAAACAAGACUUUAAACAGAUCUUGAUCAUCAUAUUUUAACGAGUUGAUUAGAAUCCAAGCUAUUGAUGCUUCCAGAGUUUUUAAAAAUAUUUUUGGAAUACUAUUUACAUCAAGAAGAGAGUUAGCAAAUCAAUUUAACUAUGUAUUUGAUCACCAUUGUGAGCACUAGAACGUUAAGCAUUCAAUGUUAAUGACAUGAAACUGAACGUUAACUUAAUACCGUUAGUGCACAAAUUGUCAGUUGUCGUAGGAUUUUUGGUAAGUUUUUUGUUCGGUGCGCUGUUGUGUCUGUGCGUCUGGAUUAUUGGCAGAAGCUGCAUUAUGUCACCGUUGGUCUGCCUUGUUAUUCUGUGUUCUCUGUUUAUAAAUUUAAGAAUUACAUUUCGGCUCCUCUGGCAUGUGUCCUCUGGCAUGUAAAAAUAAUCGUAUUUAAAAAUAAAGUCAUGAAUAGUAAUGUUUGAGUCCACCUUGUUCCCCAUCUGAUCCUCAUUAACUAAACAAAUUUUGAGUGUUAAGAUAUGUACAUAUUUUAGCAAAUAAAACAUUUUGAAACUGCU